ACCGCCGCCGCCGCCGCCGCCGCCAUGAAGACCCCCGGCGAGGUGCUGCGCGAGGGCGAGCUGGAGAAGCGCAGCGACAGCCUGUUCCAGCUCUGGAAGAAGAAGCGCGGCGUGCUGACCCCCGACCGCCUGCGCCUCUUCCCCGCCGGCCCCGGCGCGCGCCCCAAGGACCUGCGCUUCCACUCCAUCCUCAAGGUGGACUGCGUGGAGCGCACGGGCAAGUACGUCUACUUCACCAUCGUCACCACCGACCGCAAGGAGAUCGACUUCCGCUGCGCGGGCGAGAGCUGCUGGAACGCGGCCAUCACGCUGGCGCUCAUCGACUUCCAGAACCGCCGCGCGCUGGAGGGCUUCCGCGGCCGGCAGGAGCGCGCCGCGCCCGCCACGCAGCCCGACGCGCGGGCGCCCUGAGCCGCCGAGCCGCACGCAGGACGAAGCAGGCCCGGCUGGCGGCGUGGCCACGACGGGCAGCAGCCCCGGGGACGCCCGCUCGCUCGGCUGGAGCCCGAGGCGGCCGCGGACCGGGACCUUGGCGCGCGCGCCGGGCGCGGGCGCGUUAACUUAUUGCACGCUCCGGGUAUUUAUUGUAACGGCUGUUUGUCGUCAAACCGUUCUUACUAUUUUGUUUUUGCACCGCUGUGUCCGUUCCGAAUAAAGGACUGGUUUUUUCUA